AUGUCUGCAACGACUGCCACCAACACCAGCCUCAAGCCAGCCAUCCCAAAAAGAACCGGUCAACGGGGCAGGCAUGUGGCAAGGAAACGUGCAGUGGCUUUCGAUGAAUCACUGCAGGUCGACGACACGAGCAAAGGUCAGCUCCAGACCAGCCCGUCGUUUUCCCCUGCAUAUUUGCUUGCAGCGCUGGAGUGGGCCGAAGAUAGUGAAAAUAGGAACAUCGACAGGCCUGGCAGCAAACCCAGCAGGGUACCGGGAAGGAGUGGGGAGCGCAAACCCCUUGUGCCGUCGUCGGCGCAUAAAACGGCUUCAAACCUCAAGUUGCGGCCAGGACGCAGAAACGAUGACGUGAAAAAGCUCUCGAAAAUUAGGCCGCGGCCAUUCGAGCCAUCUGAGCCAUCCACGCCGCGCAUCGACUUAUUACCCGAGAAGCUUGUCUUUAGGUCCCGCCAAACCCCAGUGUCGUUCCUUCCGCCCCCCUCUUCCGUCUCCCCUGAUGCGGCAAGCAAGUCCGUCUUCUUUAAUAAUAAUAAGUUGCCUCCAUCGCCCAUCAGUCCUAGCUUGCCACUCCAAAAUCGCAAACAGCACCAUCGGUAUCAGCAGCAACGGCCGGGGACUAGCAACGAGGUCGGCCGGCCGCCUUGGUACAACGGCCCAAAAAAGGCUUCAUUUUCGGCCGACAACGUGGCACAGGUAGCAAACGAAACCGACAGGAUUAUUCUGGCCAGACCGCCGCCGCCACCUGGGGGCAAAAGGUCCGACGGCAAACCCGCCGUGUAUCAGACAAUGCAGCCUUCCGCAGUGCCGCCGCCAUCAAUGACCAAGUCCUCAAGCCCACCGCGCCAGCCACAAGGCCCGGUGCGUGAGGCGUUUGCCUUCUUCUCCCGCGGGCGGAAGAAGAGCCACGCCAGCGACUCGCCCCGUUCAACUCUCACAAAACGCUCUCGCGCACUGCCAAUCUCAUCGACAUCUACGUCGGCAGAAACACAAGAAACACAAUUCGACUCGACCCAUUCCCCCCAAUCUCCUGGCAUCAACUCCAUCCCAGACAUGGCGCGCUUCCCCGCCGAAGGGGAGAAUCCUACGGGAAAGUCCGUUGUAGUGCGUUGCAAGGGCACUACCGUGACUGUUCUGGUCACGAAAGAGACGUCUGCAGCUGAUCUUUUGGUGAGCUGCAGCCGGUCAUUGGCCGAUCUUGGGCGGCCAAUCAACCCAGACACCAGCGUUGUCAUCGAGCCGUGCGUCCGCCCAGGGCUCGAGAGGAGGCUUCGACAGUACGAACUAGUUUGGGACGUCAUCAGCGCUUGGGACAACGAUUCGUCCAACUUCUUGAUCAUCCUCUCAGAUACCUCCGACCCAGACAGGGAACUAAGCCUCUCUAGCGUGCCCAAGUCAUUAGACGAACCGGAGGGCUUCGUCCUUCCCCUCUACUUCCUCCAACGGCCGGGAAAAUGGACCCAGCGCUUUAUUACGUUGAAGGAGAAUGGGCAAGUCUUUGCAUCCAAAAAGCAAGAUUUCAAGCCUUCCGACAAGAAUGUUGCACGGCUUUGCCAUCUUUCCGACUUUGACCUCUAUCUGCCGACCGAGGCUGAGAUGAGGAAGCAGCUUCGGCCACCCAAGCGGUACUGCUAUGCCAUCAGAAGCCAACAAAAAGCCACUCUAUUUAUCGAUUCCACCCAUUAUUGCCAUUUCUUUUGCACCGAAGAUCCGAUCGUUGCGCGGCAGUUCCGCUCUGCUGUGCAGGGCUGGCGUAGUUGGUAUCUGGUGAACAAGAAACUAGGGUUACACGAGAAAAAGGAGGUGUCAUCGCCAGUCAGCCUCUCCAAAGGUGAUCACGGCUACCGGAGCAGGGCCUCAACAGACCAGGGAUCCAGAGGUGACUAUUGUUCUAGAGGCAGGUCCUCCGUGGACCAGGGACCCAGGGGAAGACCAUCAGUCGACCAAGCCCCAUUAAUUCAGUCAGUUCCGUCCUCUCGUGACGACGUGUCACCAGAUGCGUCAGCCGGGGGGGUAAUACCUCCAGUUCCGCCCUUGCCAGCAUCUCUCCAGGGGAAGAAAGCCGAAGUUUUUACUGCAACUGGGCUGCUUGGUAACGGAUACGACGAGCGCAGACAGCAAGUCUUGCGGCAGGAGGCCUCGACAAGACAUCGGCGGGGAACGGUGACAACGUCACCAGAUGAUGGCCCGUUCAUCGACGGGCCUAGUCUGCUAAACAACCAUGCAGCAGCCACCCCUACCUCCGACGCCCGCCCUCAGACGAGCGGGUCAGGUGGCAGUCCUGCAUCGCCGUCUCGCAGGUCAGAUCGUGCAGGCUGGUUCCCCUCCGCCGUCCAACACUCGGCCGAGCAACAAAGCACCCGGCCACCUGUCUCGUUAUCCCGGAGGCCGAGCACCUCCUCACACGGCCCAUCCCGUUCCCGCUCCGUUCGCCAGCGCGGCGAACAGCGCGGCGAAGAACAACUACCCCCGUUGCCCACGCAAAAGCUUCCCCCGCAACCCCUCAUCGACCUCACCCCAACCUUCGUCGAGCCCCCGCAGUGGAACCGCGAGGGCCGCGGCCGUGGUGUGCGCGCUCCGCAGGGGAAACCUCUCGUUGAUCUCGCCACAGGGCAUGUCCUCCCCCCCAGCACAGCCGCGCGCUUUAGGGACGCCGCACCACCUAAGAAUCUGCUGCGUCGGCCCGACACGGCAGCACCAUCGGCGACAUCAGGGGGUAGCGGCGGCGGUGGUGGUGGCACACUCAUGGACCAGUAUGAUUUGCAAAAGUCAACUAGCCAACGCGGGCGGCCGCGGGCGCCCACCCUCGGUGAUGGCGCGGAUCCUAUCCAGGGGGGUCUGCUGGGCGAUCUGGCGCGGCGGAACACGGUUAGGAGCAACGCCAGUGCUGGCGGUGGUGGGAGUAGGCCCAGUGUGCCUUCGCCCGCGGCGGCGGCGGCUUAUAUGCAGUCGAGGGGGAAGACGAUGCGGGUUGGAGACGCGGAGAGGGACAAGCUUAGGGGGCGGCUCAGGAGUGUGGAGGGUCGUGGCCGGGGGUAG